AACCGACUCAGUCCCCAACACAGACAGCAGCCACCACCACAGAGACAGACGGCACAGUUCCCUGGACCUGCCACCAACCUGACAGACCCUCAGUCAAGCCCAGAGACGAGGAGCAAGCCCAGAGAGACCGGGACAGACUUAGAGGUGAAUUUUUUUUAAAAGGACGGAGAGGAACGCCGGAUCCUUCUACGGAAAGACAGAGAGACAGCAGUGAGAAUGCAGGUGUGUACCAUUGUGGAGAAGAGUGCUGGGGCCGUGGUGGCAGCAGAGCUGGCCUGCAGCGUACGGGAGGAGAAUAAGACGCAGAAGGAGAGCUACAUAGCAGACUGGCACAGCGUCACCCUCAAGACCCGGCCACAGGACAGGCAGACCAUGAACAUGAACGACGACUCUCGUCGUGAGACUCUGUCUCGGCAGUGGGAGGCUCGCUCCCUGCUCCAGACCUGCCCUUCUGGGGUGUACAGAGUGGGCACAGUGGAGAGGGGGGUGAGGGAACACCAGCUCCUCCCCAAGAGGAACACCCUGCCUCUGCCCAUCUUCACCCCGGCAGAGCUGGGCAUCCGGCUGGGCCGCGGAGCACCCCACACCCUGGAGGACCUCCGCCCCUUCCCCACUCCAGAUGGAGCCUGCCCCAACAAAAGGGCCGUGGAUCAGAUCACCAAGGCCCUUCCUCCUGUCAAGCCAAUCAGGAUGGAGUUUGCCAAAGCUCCCAGAACCCUGGGCCGAUCCACCUCCCAGGAGAUCCAGAGAGGGUGAAGACGACCCACAGGAGGAGGAAACAGAAGGAGGGGAAGUUAGGGAGAGAAGUGUACAGAGAAGAGAAGGAUGAGCAGCAUGCAAGGAAAAUGGAGGGACAGAGAGAAGCGGGGAGAAGCAUAUUUAGAUGAAUAUCCUUUGUGUCAUCUUGUAGUUCUUUGUAUAGAUACCUUACACUGUAUACCUUUCCCUUACAUCAGGGAAACGGCAAAUGUCACAUGCUUAUGGAUGGUAUUUGAAUGUAGCUGGUAUUUGCUGGAUGGGAUGAUUCGUAUCUGAUGGCAUCUUCUGUGUGAUGGAGAGGUGGACACAUGCUCUGGGGGGGGGGGGGGAGGGGGGGGGGUUAUUUCAGCUGUGCCACAGCUAAUCCUCUUGCUGCCUGGAAAAGCCUAGACUGGCUGCAAGGCCUUGGGGGGUCAACUGCUCUUUGACUGAGCCCCCCCCCCUCCCCCCCAGUCCUCCACGCUGCCGAAGUCAUAGACAGGCCAAAUGCCAUUUAGAAAUGCAAAUCUGACUGCAUCACUAUGGUGUGUUCUGUCCCAAUGUCAUGCAAUGCCAUUUUCUGGCAUUGAAAUGGAAUGCAUUUUUUAUGUAUUCCAGUUGUAUGCAUUAAUUAAAGUUCACGGGUCAACAGAAAGAUCCAGAAAGUGAGGGAAGGAAUGUGCUUGGCGAAGUGAAAGGCGAGGUGAUAGAGAUAAAUAGAAAACUGUGAAGAGGAUUUGGACAGGGAGGAAGGGGGUGUCGCGGUGGGGGGGAGGGGCGAGGGUGGUAGACACACAACAGAGGGACAGUCAACGUGCUUUGGCAUCCAUCCCCGGUAAGAAUGGAGAGCUGGUCCGCCUCUGCCUAACCCUAUCACAGGCCACAGAACAGGCCGACCUGAUCCAACACAGGCAGUCCCGGUCAGGUGUGUCUGAUGGCUGCUUUGAUUGGUUGAGUCAUGCCAUUGCAGAGAUAUUGGGAACUAGCCACCGGUAAGACUUGUCCGUCAGUGAAGGGACAUUUGACUGCAUGAUCUGAUCUGCCGUGCUUAUUGUGUUCUAACUUUGAACUGUUCCUCUUCGAGUUAAUGAACAGUUAGAAGUGAAUGCUCUGAUACUUUUGUGGUACAUAUGUUGUAGCCUACUGUGUUGUGUUUCAAAUGUUUUCCUAUAGAAUUAUUUUUCUAUAAUAAAUACUAAGUUGCUUUACACUUUU